ACUGAAGUCACACAUGUGCUGGUCAAUAACAUUUAUCAAAACACUCCCUCGAAUCAUCAUCGCAAAGCUCGAGCUUCUGAAAUAAUUUUUAAACUUCAGAAUACUGAGCCAAGAUGGGGAAGGCAGAAAAAGGUACGCCAAAAGAUUUGGCUAAUAAGAUGAAGGCGAAGGGUUUGCAGAAGCUUCGGUGGUAUUGUCAGAUGUGCGAGAAACAAUGCCGGGAUGAAAAUGGCUUCAAAUGUCACACUAUGUCUGAAAGUCACCAAAGACAACUUCUUCUCUUUGCUGAGGACCCUGAUAAAUACCUGGAUAGCUUCUCUCAGGAAUUUUUGGAUGGUUACACCAGUCUCCUUAAACGUCGAUUUGGCACAAAGCGUGUUCAUGCCAACAACGUAUAUCAGGAAUAUAUUCAUGAUCGACAUCAUAUUCACAUGAAUGCCACGCAGUGGGAAACUCUGACAGAUUUUGUUAAAUGGCUUGGUCGUGAAGGUCACUGUGUAGUGGAUGAAACCGAGAAAGGUUGGUACGUGGCUUAUAUUGACCGAGAUCCAGAGACAAUUAGAAGACAAGAGCAGAUGAAAAGACGGGAAAAAUUUGAGAAGGAUGAGGAAGAAAGAAUGCAAGAUUUCAUUAAUAAACAAAUUGAACUAGGACGCUCAAAGCUGGCUGAGGAUGGUGAGACUCAGUUUACGGAAUUACAACGUGAUGAAGGGGAGACUAUAGCUCUCAACAUCAAGUUAGGAGGAAGUAAAUCAGCUAAGCCAAAAUUGGAAGGAAAUAGUGCGCUAAAGGCACCUUCAACUAGCAAGAUAAAGAUUCAAGAAAAAAUAAAAAAGGAUGUUAAAAAGAGGACAGCUUUAGAUGACAUAAUGGAAGAAGAGAUGAGAGGGAAGAAAUCCAAAGAAAUUUAUUCUAAAAGGCAGCUGGAUGGAAAGUCGCAGUCUGAGGAAGGUCCUUGGUUGGUCAAAAAUAUUGUUGUCAAAGUGAUUACAAAAGACUUAGGUUCCAAAUAUUACAAGCAAAAAGGGGUUAUUCGAGAAGUAAUUGAUAAAUAUGCUGGUUUAGUGAAGUUAUUUGAAUGUGGAACUAAACUAAAACUAGACCAGGCACACUUAGAGACUGUAGUCCCAUCCAUAAACAGAAAAGUACAGAUUGUUGGAGGUCGAUACCGGGGACAAGAGGCUAUGCUCAAAAGCAUUCAAGAAGCGUCCUUUAGUGCCACUUUAGAGCUACAAGAUGGCAAGAUUAUAAACGAGGUUCCAUAUGAACAUUUUAGUAAAUUAUAUAGUUCUUGAUUAGAAAGUAGAAUGUAAGUUGUUAACUGAUAAGAGUAGAUGGUGCCCAAAUUGGCUAAAUAACUUGAAUUUAUCAAUUUGUAUUACAGUAAUUUUAUAUUUUUAUUUGUUUAGAAAUUAGAAGUUUGUCAGUAAACAUUUGCUGUGAACAGAGUUGUCUGUUUAAUUAUUUGGUAAUUUCUUAAGUUUUAUGUCAUUUUGUUUUAAUAUAAAAUGCAAAUGUUGUCCAGUAACAUUGUACACAUUAGACAAAAAAAUUUCCCAAUGAGAGUUUAAAUUACGGACUGAGAGUCAUAAGGAAGCACGUCAAUUGGUCCAAAAGAACGGUUGUAGUUACAAUUUAAUGGACAAAUUAUGAUAUAAAUUCUUUAAUAUAUCAAUUACAUAGUACAAUAUUGUUAGAAAUUUAUGACACAAAUUUCCUUUCAUAGCUUUGCAAAAAAAAAAGAAAAAAGAAAAAAAAAGAUAGUUUAUACAGCACUGUUAAAUAUUUCUUCUGUCGUGUCAAAAUGCUUAUAAAUAUGGCUUUGUGCUGUUGAUCAGUUAUAAACAUUUAGGAUACUCUACAGAGGUAAAUUUUCUAUGACUUUUAUAAUAAAAUGAUUUUCUGUACAAAUACAGUAUUACAUUUUUGUACCAUGUCUAAAUGUGUGACUCUAGCUGGUUAUGACAAAAUUGAACAAAUGUAGUGUAUUGUCCUUUAUAAGGAAAAAAUAAGAAAUAUUUGGUUAACAAACAUUUAAGUAAAAAUAGCAAGAUCUUGUUAAAUUUACAUAAAGCUACAAAAUCUUAUUUAAAUUUGUAUAUUUUUAAAUAGUUAUUGCUUAACACUUUUAAUGUAACAUAUUUUAGGUAAUGGUAAUAAAUGUUAAAGUUA